GAUGUGAAAUUGACCCAUAAUAUCCCUGUCAAGCCUUCAACUGCACACACUGCUCGCUUCUCACGACCAAUGUCUCAGAAAAUACUUGCACAUAUUUGCAAUUAUAAUUGGUCAGCAACCAUUCCGUGUACUGAACUAGCCAGUGACUUGUGUGUCCCACUCUGACUUUAGCCACUCCCAUGGCCUCGGAUAUUUCAAGAAUUGUGGUGAUUAUGUACGCUAUAGUUUAAUUUGAAACUAUGUAAGGACAAAGGAAUAGUUUAGAUUAGAAGUGAUCCUUCACAGUUCUCCGAAAUAAAUGAAUCAAGGUACUGCUGGAGAUGGAAUGGGAAGAGGAUUACGCACAACAAUUGACUUUGAACAAUAACUGUAAUUUUGGGAGAACGGAUAAAGCAAGGAGGAGGAGGGAGAAGAGAAGUCUUCGCAAUGGGGGUUAUCAUGGGGUCGCCCUCAGCAGCAGGAUUUGGGGUUGAGGAUGACGGGAAGGGGGAUGAGAAGUGGGAUGCACGGAUCGGCCUCGCCCCCUUGAUGGCCACCCUUCUCCUCCCAAUUCUCAUUGGGGCCAUCAUCGUGAUCAAAUGCGUAUUUGGUCAUUGCUGUGUUCGCAAAACAAGCACAAAAGAAGAGAUGUAUGGAGUGGAAGGACGAAUGACCAUGUUGACCAAUUCGGAUGCUGCAUAUUUGACAUCACAUUCUGCUGCAUCGGCUGCUGCUGUCAGACCCGAUGUUCCAAAUACUAGCAAUAGUAGUGAUACUCCUGCCGCGACGGUAGCCACAUCCAAACAGACUCAACUGCUUUCAAUGGAACAAUUAAAACCAACAACGACUUCUAAUGCCAAACCACACAGUCUUAAUAACAACCUUGAUGUUAGUAUUACAAUUGCAAACGAGAUUAACCCGCUAGCCAGCUCUGUAUUUGCUCCUAGUAUUACACAACCAAAUCAAAGUGGUGAAUGUGAUCAAUCGGAUACAUUAAGAAGAGCUACGGGUAAACGCCAGUUACCAGAUCUUCCAGAACUUCCGCAACAUUCUCUCGGACACCCUCCACGAAGAAGCAGUUCAGUAUUGAGCCACGAUGGGACAUCUGAAUUGUAUGCAACCGUGGGUGAAGUGCCAAAUCCUUAUGCUCAUCUCAAAACUCGCCACAGUGUUCCAAACGACAUUUGCCAACCUUCUACUUCUCGUGGUCGUGGAGGCAAGCAGGAAUUUAGUGGUGGUAGUAUGCAUAAAAAUAGUCUAGAGCCUAAUUCUGAUUCGGAAACAUACGCAUUAAACAAUCAUCCAUAUGCAAAACUCAAACGAAACUCAUCGGAACAUCCCUAUGCCCGUGUUCGCAACGCUAGUAUUAAUGACGAAGAAACUGAUACUGAUAACUACGAUAUGCCUCAACCAUAUGCUCAAAGUCGAAAUCGGCCUGGUGGAGUGACAAACGCUCCACAAAUUUCUGCUACCGCUCCCACUGCAACUGGUAGUGGUGCAAGUGCUCCUACAACCCAGGGUCCCGUUCCUCCUCGUCGCAUUGGGAGACAGUGGAGGCGUGGAAGCCAGCCACAAGAAGCACAAACCAGCGUUGACUCUGCAUCUCAUUUUUCUGGAGACUCUCAAGACUCGCGAGGAUAUACAUCCAUCAGUGUGAGGGAACCUUUAUCAAAUAUUCGGACUCAAGUUGCCGGAGGCAGGAGCGGCGAUUCUCAUUAUGCUACAGUGUCGGACGAUUCUGAAGAAAUGUAUGCAGCGAUUGAUGACGCCUCAGUUGAUGGGAAUUAUCAACUCCCAGAAGGGGAGAGACCUAAUCGACCUUCAUGGCUAGAUGCUGCUAAUGUUGCCUCACCAAUUCCCGAACGACGAGAGGCUAAUUCUCCUCUGCCUCCAGUACCGGCCCUUCCUCCACCUGGGUCAGAAGGUUAUAUGGCUGCCGUCGCUGCAGCCGCCGCUAUUUCCCCUGGUUCUCCUUCAUUGGCUGCUCCACCUCCACAAAGUCCUCCAGUUUAUGCACAAGUCACCAAGAAAACAAAGAAAAAUAAAGCACCCGUUACUCCGACAGUCUCGAAUGCAUCAACCUCUAGUCAGCAAAAUGUUGGUGGUAUUGGCACAAGGGAGUCAGAGUCAGGUUUAUCAGAAUGCAAUGCUGCUACUAAUAUUCCAGGACCUUCCUCUUCGGUUGUAGCUGGAACAUCUUCGUCUUCCUCUUCUAUUCAAUCUUCCUCUGUUCAUCACUCACACCAUCCCAAUCAUCAUCAACAACACCAUCGAAGUAAAAGCAGAACAUUAAUGGACAAUACCAACUUAUUAGAAAGCAACAUUUCUGAGCAUAGAAGAUGGUCAAAGGCAGACAUCAGUUUCUCGGAAUUUGAAGUUGUUCGAGAGACAUUUGUUCCCCCUCCUCCGCCACCACCAUUCGAGUUGAAAAAAUCUCCCGUCACGUUUACACUCUCAUCUGGUGAAUUGCAGCAACAUAUAACAGUUUCGCGUGAUUCAAUUUCGCAGGAAUUGGACGAAGAUAAUUACAACAUUAUCCCCGACAAACGUGAAAAGCACCAAAGACUGGUAGGAACUACUCUCAGCAAUAGUAGCAGCAUUGGGAGGGGUGAAAGAAUUGCAAGUGGACGAAGUCGUGUAGACUCUGAUAAUUAUCAAGAAAUUGAACCCAUUUCGAAUACCUAUCAGGAAAUUGGAAAGCAAUCAUCAUCAUUGGAUCACUAUCAAGAAAUAGGGGCCAGUACAUCAUCUCCAUUACGCAAUGGGUUAGGGGAAGAGGACGAUGAUGAUGACGACUUAGAUGACAGUGGAAGUGGAUUGUACCAAGUAAUCAGGAAAAAGAAUAAACAAGGAGGUGUUGACGAAUAUGAGGAUGAAGAGGAGGACCAGUUUUAUGAAAAAGUGAGACCGGCUGUAGCAACUACAUCAUCAGCUACAACAAGUCACCAGGAAUCAACCCUUUCAGUUCCAUUACCACUUUCUUCAGGUCGAAAACAUGGGUAUGCAAAGAUAAAGAAGAAAGGACAUGCCCUUGAAAUGGUGAAAGUUGGCACUUUCCAGGAUGAUGAUGAAGAAGAAGGUGACGACGAAGAAGAGGGCCAAGCAGAGGAUGAAGAAGAAGACUUGAUGUACGAACGAGUUAAGUACCCACCGUAUGAAAGGUUGAAAGAAUCCAGAAGUGAUUUGGCUGUUGAUCUUGACGAAGACGAAGACAACGAAGGGAGCAACUUUUAUGAGGAUAUUGGAUAUUCCCGAGUUAGACCAAAGAAAACUAAUGAUACAGUGACCAAAAAGAACAGAGACCAACCAGUAUCAGAUGCAUCAAGACCGUCAGUUGAAGUAGUUGACGGUGGUGUAGAUUUAAAUCAAUUGUAUGCAGUAAUCGAUAGAACCAAGAAAAAAGGUAAAAGCUCGCCUGGUUCCACCAACACAUUAUCACAUUCGAAUAAUAAUAAUCCCCAGAAUUACAACAACAAUAACCCAACUUCACUCCUGCCAGACGAAAAUCUCAGCUCUUCAACAUCUUCAUCCUCGCCUUACCAUCAUUCUUCACCGCAUGACAGAUUUUCCUCUCCGACUAGUGCUAAUUCAACGCACAGGACUUGCAUCAAGAAAGGAGAAUUGUCCCUCCACGCUGGACCCGAUCUGGACUUUAUCGAUGAUAACAAUGAUAUAGAAUAUAUUUAAUUUAAUUGAUGUUCGACUUUUCUAAAUGUUGUGCUACUACUUAAAAGUAAUAUAAUAUUUGUCUUCGUUUAAGUUCCUACACACUUUUGUGCUGCCUAAAUUCUAUUUCCACUUAAGAAUUCCAAAAUGGUGCAAACGUGCAUUCUAAAGAUGAUUCUUAUUAGUCAUUAGCAUACCCCGGACAAAUAUUUUUUUAUCCUACCCUACUCGUGUUGAGCUCAACAUGAGUAGGGUAGGAUAAAAAAAUAUUUGUCCAGCUAAUGACUCAUUAGCUAGCUAUACAUAGUUUUAUAUUCACAACUUGGAAUUGUUGGAGUACAAAAUUACGUUGUUUUUUUUCUCAAAAUGACACACAGCUACGACAUACGCAAGUAAGACUACUGUCAAUACUGUCUCAGGUAUUUUGGUUAUUGACGACUGACUAAUAACUUCCGGUGAUUAUGUUGGAAGUGUGAUUAGUUUUUGAAUUCAGAUUUAGUAGGGCGAAAAAUAAUUUCAAAUGCUGACGUAGCUUUGAAUAAAGAAAUAAUGGUGCAACUUUAUCAUUUGUAUUAUUAUUUGUAGUCGAGUAUUAAAUAUUUUAUUUAUACAUAUUUAUGGUUUGUUAAAAAAAUACGAAGCAUUGAACCAAAGUUUUCCGUAUAUUAAUUAACACGUGUUACGAUUAGUACAAUACCGUAUGAAAAACAAUAUUAUUUAACACUUUAACAGACAAAGUGAACAUGAAGAAUACUUUUAAAAUGAUUUGUAAUAUUAACGAGUGCAUGGUGUACACACACACAUACAAUGAUAACAGUAUAUUACUCUGCAAAAUGAGCAAACAUUGAUGACUAUAUUGAUCAUUACCGAUAAUAACUAAUAAAUAUUGACUGUUCAACCCUAAAUCUGAAUUAAGAGUACAAGUGAUGAUGAUUUGUAUAAUAAGAUUACAAUUAUUUGUA